GAAAGCAGUGGACCAUGGUUAAGGUAACCAGGGUUAGCCAAUCUGUCCUGCGCAUGCGCAGUGGAUGAAAAUACUUCGCGGGGUUUGCUGUUGACCUGCUGUCAGACAGGUUCACUACAUGAUUACACACAUUUAACAUCACGUCUUUUUGAAGACAGCAGAGGCCAAGCAGCAGUAAAGCUGUUCCUCUGAAGAAAACAUGGCACCGGGGCUGUGUCAGUUGGAGAAAGUCAUUGAUGAGGCGUUAAAGAGCGGGGAUGUCCAAGCACUGGAUGUAUUCUUGCAAAGCAACAUAUAUGAAGAGACCCCCAUGAAAUGUUCCCAACAGUUUCUCACCAAAUUGGAUAAACUUGUCAGCAGGGGUUUGGAUCAUAAGGAUUCCAAGUCAGCUGGUUUGGGUCUCGCGGUCCUCUACAAGUCUGGGAAAAACCUGCAACUGCCUGGUGUUUGUCAAGGACUGUCAGGAAUAACAAGUCAAGUCCUCAAAAAGAUGGUGCAGUGGUUUGAGAAAUGCAGGCAACUGUGGAUCCAGUGUGGCCCGCAGUGGGAUGAGACCUUGUUCAACCUCUCUGAGGACUUCCUUGAUGCCUUAAUGGCAAUUCAUGAAGCAAGCAAAGAGGGAACGUGCAAAAUCACAGAGUCCUUCAUGUAUCCUGUUGGUCAAUUGACAGUAGACCCCAGAAUCUACAUCCUGAUCCAAAAAGAGGCAAUUCGUAAAUUUAACUUAAUUCUGGACAAAAUCCCAGCGGAGUUUAAGAAAGAGAGGAAGAUCCUAACAUCACAGGAGGCCUCAGAUAUCAUGGUCAAGCUGGCUGGUCAGAUAUUGAAGGGUGGUGAUUACGACUUGCAGACGGCUCUGAUGGAGGCAUUGUGCAGAAUGGCCACUCCUGAGCAGAGGAAGGAGCUGGCAGAUCGAUGGUUCAGCAUGGAGCAUGUGGCCACUGCCUUUGCCAAGAUACGUGACUCUGAGUUUGAGACGGAUUGUCGCAAGUUUCUGAACUUGGUGAAUGGGAUGCAGGGAGACAGGAGAAGAGUGUAUUCCUAUCCUUGUUUGGAGGUUUAUCUGGACAAGCAUGAGCUGCUGAUGCCCGCCGAUGAGAAGCUGGAAGAGUUUUGGAUCGACUUCAACCUCGACAGCCACAGCAUCUCCUUUUACUUCUCUUUGUCUGAUGAAGAAGCACAGGAGGGCCAGUGGGAAACAUUAUGCAUCAAUGAGAAUGAAGUCCAAAGCUACACUGUUACAGAGGAGGGCAAGAGGCAAGUUUUGCAGUUAAAGUUGUCAGAGUUGGUGGUCGUGGGUGCGGUGGAAGGAUCAAGUCUUACCAUCCACUUCAGCUCCUCCCUGGACGUCCUGCAGGCUGCUCGUACAGUCUAUGGACCCAGCAAAAACAAAGUCUUUGUGGGGAAGACGGGCACAUCUGUAGUGAAGACUACAGUUAAAAUUACAAUGGAGGACAACAUCUCUCAGGUUGUUCCAGAGAGUCAGACGUCCGUUGGUGAAAGUGAGAAAAAUGCUGCCUCCCAUCUUUUACCUGUCCCGUCUGCACCUGUACAGAUGGUGACCCCGACCGCGAUGAGGAUUUCAGAGUCCGCCACCUUCAUCAGCAGCAGUGCAGGAGGAAGUGUGCAUUGUGCCAAUUCCCUCUCUGCCGUUAUGUCAUCAAACACUUCAGUCAAGCGUAAGGGGAAGCCAUCCCUGGAGAUGGUUCGUUCAUGUGAUAGACAAGCUGAACUUUACCUGGAAGAGUUAAGGACAACUGCUAAGUUCUGCAGUAAUGGCACAACACCUAACAGCACAAUAGCAGGUGGCAUGACAGAGCAGAGUGCUAAGUCUCUGCAGAGCUCGGCUUCCAAACUGUCUAGUAAGAACAAGCCUGACAAACACAAAAAGAACAUACCAGUGGCAAAAGCAGUAGAUAUGGUUCUAGCUGGACAGGGAGAAGAACAGUCUCUGGAGCCUAGUUUUGUCCCUGACACCCAACCCAGAACUGAGAGAAACAUAUAUUUUAACUGGAACAAACUGUCCGUUUCUGAAAUGCUAAUGAUGCCCACACAGAACAUGUCAAAUUCUCUGUCAAGAUCUGAGUCUCGUUCAAGUUUGGCACCGCAGCAGGAGCGCCCGUCCUCAACACAGAGAGCGUCAGUUCCAGGCUCAAUCAGCCAAAAGCAGCUCCACACCGAACUCACCCAGCGCCUGCAGCAGGUCCUCAGUGAGAGCAACCAAGAUCCUGCACCCCAGAAGAAAAUGUCUAAAGGCAAAAGCUCUGAGCAGCAGGCCCAGGGAAAUGGCCCGACCAAAGGGAAGAGCAAACGCCAGAUAUCACUGGAGGCAGAUGCCGCUCCAGUCAAAGCUCCAGCCAAAGCAUCAGCCAAGGCUUCCACAACCAAAGCUCUGCAGAAGAGAGUACCACCCAAUGCUAAGGUUGAAACUGAUAUGACCCUUCGAAGCAAAGAGAAGAGAGAUUCAGAGGUUGCAGGCAGCAUGGUGAAGCUCAUCUCCAGCCAUUAUGAGAUUAACACCAAAUCCACAGCGAAAGAUACCGCAGGCAUUAUCCCUAAGAACUGGAUUCAUCCUCUCGUCGACAGGCCUGUCUUCAAUAUGAGCUGGUUAUCAACUGCUAACAGAGAAGUAUCGGGAGCUGUAAGCCUAGUGAAAUCUCACAUCAAAACCACAACAAACUCUACGAGACAGAGAAAAGAUAUCUUUGCAUUCGACAUUGAUACACCAUUGAGUAUCGGGGGAAAGAAAAAAACCUUCACUAACACUUCUGCCAUAUCAAGCAGCAGCAUCCAUGACUCCUCAGCACUCCUCAGCACAACCAAGAAAGGACAACCUGUGGCAAAAGAGAAGAGGCAUGUGAAGAAGCAUCUGUUCAGUGACACAGACUAUUCCACGACAGAUGUCAGCUGGCUGAGGGAAUCUAGCAGGAAACCCAAACCCCAAAUUGUCAAAUACCCCAGGCAGGCGCCCGUCAAGCCCAAAGCUGUGUCACCUCAUACUUCAUAUGAAUCCCCAGAUUUACACCCACCCUAUCAAAAACCUGUAAAGGGCAAUACCAAACCCAAUAAGAAGAAGCCUGAAGUGAAGGAGAGAGUGGAGCAACCAAAGAAGACAGUGAAGCCGGCAGCAGCACCCAGUAGACGACAUGCAGCAGGCAGGAGGUCCCAGAGAACUGCAGUCGUCUCUACCAAGAGCUACAGGGACCCAGAUACUGAUAACAGCCAGUCAGAGUCAGAGAAGCCUCCUGAUCCCAAGGAGAAGCCAUAUGUGAAGAAACCUCUGUUUAGUGACACAGACUAUUCCACAACAGAUGUCAGCUGGCUGAGGGAAUCUAGCAGGAAACCCCAGAUUAUCAAAUACCCCAGGCAGGCGCCCGUCAAGCCCAAAGCUGUGUCACCUCAUACUUCAUAUGAAUCCCCAGAUUUACACCCACCCUAUCAAAAACCUGUAAAGGGCAAUACCAAACCCAAUAAGAAGAAGCCUGAAGUGGAGGAGAGAGUGGAGCAGCCAAAGAAGACGGCGAAGCCGGCAGCACCCAAUAGACCACAUGCAGCAGGCAGGAGGCCCCAGAGAACUGCAGCCAUCUCUACCAAAUGCUACAGGGACCCAGACACUGAUAACAGCCAGUCAGAGUCAGAGAAGCUUCCUGAUCCCGAGCACUCCUCCGCUAAUCAUCUGGAGAAUGCUCAGGAGGCUGCUCAAGUGACAAAGAAAAAGACUGUCAGAAAACAACCAUCCAAAAGCUAUGUGAAGCCAGAGAGCAGCCAGUCGGAGUCGGAGUCGGAGACAGAGCAGCCACCCACCUCCAAGAAACAUUUUGCAGGCCAGCAGGGGAAGAGAGAGAAGACCCGUUUAGAGGUUCCAGAGGUAAAGAAGAGAAAAAGCAUCUCCUCUGAGAAAACCACAGAAACAUCCAGGAGACUGGACCGCAACAACCAGUCUGAUCUAAUAAAGCCAUCUGGUCUCAAGCAGCAGAGGCCUGAGAAUGUUCUUCCAGAAACUUCAAAGUUAAAUAAGAAAAAUGCCCAAGAACAGAUGAAUGGAUUGAAGGAUUCCUGGGCUGCCCGACAGACCUCUUUCUGUCCAUCCCCUCCUUUCAUCGAGAGGAUGAGAUCUGCCGAGAGGUCAGCCCCAACCUUGGGUUUGACCUGCUCCCCUCUCCUCACCCCGCGGGGAUCCCUACUCCCUGCCUCCCCCGACCCUCCCUGCAAAGACACCCCCUCGCCAAUCCUGCUGCUACCCAAACCUCGCUCCGCAGCCAGCAGCAAAGGACACUUCAGGCCCUCCUCUUUCUACAGUGCAGAGAAGAAGCACGGCUCAUCCAAGACUCAAUCCAUCCAGUCUGUAGCCUCUCUCCCUUCAUUGAUCCCUGCACCCGGUGCUCCCACUGGACCCAGUGCAGCAGAGAUAAGUCCAAUCCAGCAGCGUCUACCCUCAGCAACUCAGUCUCCUUUGUCUCUGUCCGCUCGACCCCUGUUGACAUCCACACUCCUCGAGCUGGACAAGCCGUCCAUGCCCUCUCCUCCUGAGUCUCCGUUCCCUGAAGACACCGUCAACCAUGGAAGCCGUUAUGGCUAUAGUAAAGUGUCUUCAGCAUCCUGGGUUUCACUGAGCCCGUCAUCCACUAAGGACAGUCCCACUGCUGCUCUUAAAACAGAGAAAACACCAUCUUCAGGCCGAGACCUUUUCUCAGGACCCAGUCGCAAGCGCCACAUCUCCUCAUCCAGUAAUUCUGAGGAAGAUGAGAAAGAAGAGAGGAAGAAAAGCAAGAUGAGAUGGCUGCGUUCUCCUCGGAUGAAACCAAGGAAGUUGUUCAAGUCCUUUGCUAAUGUGCCUGCUGAGGCUGAUGUGAGCCGCGUGAUGUCUUCUUCCCACACAAUGAGCUCCAGUCACUGGGAGGCUGAAGUGGAGGACGGAGACAUGGACACGGAUGAGGAUUUCAAGCUGCCAAAAAUUGAUGUAAACCCGAGUAACCUGUGCCAGCAGUUCAGCUCAGAGCUGAAGAAGAAGUUCCAGAACCGUUAUAGCAUGGUGGAGGUUUUCAGCAAGCAAUCUUUGAAGACCGCCCAGCAACACGUCUCCUCCUUCAACACGCAAGUUACCAAACACAGAACUCAGAAGCUUGAACAGGUUCGGAAGGUCCUCUUAGAAGAGAUCCACCAACUGGAGCAGGACGACACUGUGCUUAAAAACAUGGAGAAAGACCUGACUACGUACUGGAAAAAGCAGACCGUGUCUUUCCAUUCUUACCGGGAGCGAGGAACCGUGAGAAACGAGGCCCUGAAGAAAGCCCUCCAGAGUAACGUGUGCCACAGCUUGGAGUACGAGGAGAGAAUAUUCACAUCCCAGAUGUGCCUGAUAAGAAAAGACAUGAAGUCAGUUCAGGACAGACUCCUCAGCGAGAUGCAAGAGGGGGAGCUCCAGAGUGUGAAGAGAGGCAUGCAUGCGUUGUUUUUCCCCUGACGGAGCCAUGAGCUGAACAAAGUCCUGCUAAAGGUCUCUACUGUAUUCUAUUUCUAUGGUCUCUACACUAUAAACAAGGUUAUGUAUUUCAUCACAUGAUGUACACUGCGCUGUGUCCUUCAGCUGGUUUCAGAUUGCUCCAGGUUCUGCUUUUAUUGUACGUGGAUGUUUGGUUUAUUCUGAUGUGUUGUUAUUAGAAAUGUCAUGUUAUUCUGAUAUUUAUUAUUUGAUGAAAUUUAUGAAUUCAAUAAUUUUAAGUGUUCUUUGAAAGUAAGUCCAGGUAUUAAGCUUUUUUGGCUCUGUCAUAUUUUUAAUACAAAUUCCUGAUUUAUUUGUGUCGGUUAGUUAAGUACUGAAAAAAAGACCAAUUAAUUUAAAUUGUUAAAUCUAUCAAUUGUUUUUAAAAACCUCUUCAACCUGAUUGAAAAUAAAACUGUUAA